ACCGGCCCCUCUGCGCGCGUGCGCCUGCGCCUGGGACCCCCAGGUGGCACGUGCGACGUGGGGGGUGGGACUCGGACCUGGGCGCGCGCUGCAGCGCUGCCACCUUCCCGAGAGCAGACGGAGUUACGAAAGGAAAGUUCCUGUCCUGAACAGAAGGUAUUACCACAGGUAGAGAACUGUCGAAACUUCACAGAUCUUCAGAUGGCCCAGGAGCACAAACUAGUAACAGAGGAAUCAGAUGUGGACCGCGGCCAAAUAAAAGGACCACAGACCCCAGUCCUCCCUCCCUCCUCCUCUCGAACCCUGCACCAUCCUUCAUUUCAGUCUCUCUACAUGGCUGUUGGGUCCAUGCAGUAUAGCAGAGAGGCUAUCAGGCACAGAGAAGUGGGAUUUCCAGUGCCAGCCAUGAUCCCGUCAGAUUUCUUUUAUGUGGACCCAACACAGGUACCCGGGCAGCGUGUGUCCAACAGUGUAUCACAGCUGGAGGUCUUUGAGUGCUGCCAGCUGAACACCCCUCGUCCCAUAAUGUCCACCAGCGUUGCCCCUUCUCUGCAUUUUGACACCUUCAGAAGGGAACCACAUCUGAUCAGAGAUCUGGGCUCUCGGGUGACGAGUCUGGAACCCCCAUGUGAUCCAGCACUGUCUGUAUCUCCACUUGCCAUGAGACGCAGAAUGGAGAUCAUUCAGCUUUCCAUGGAGGAAGACCAGGCCAUCACCAGCCUCCUGAAACUCCACUACUCCACCCAGGACUCCACUCCAGCUGACCUGAUGGCUAUGGAAGAUGGAGCCCAACACAGUGGGUCUGACGCGAUUAGUCCAGAGCACGGGGCUAAAGGAAACCUCCCAAGCACAGACGAAAUAGUUGAUUCCCCAACGUGUAGAGAGCUCACAGCUAUGGCCCCACAGUGUGUAAAUUGUGAUGUUCACUCUAAACCCUUUGUGGAAGAGCUGAACUUCACACAUGCCGAUGAGCUACUAUACAGGGACACUAGGAAUUGGGGUAAAGGGGAACACCGGGACAGGCUGCCAAGAGGAGACCUCCACCCAGAGCGAUGGAAUCAGGGUGUAGAACAAUGGCAGGUGAGGGCCAGCAUGCACCUGGGGCCUGAUGGGGGUGGCCACUAGGUGGUCCCCGAGACAAGGAGCAAGAGAUGAUCACUGUACUCUGUGUUUUUGAAGGUUGGGCUCAAAUUCAGUUUAAGUAAGAACAUGUAAUGGGAGUAUAUACUGAGCAAAAUACUUAAACAGCAUUUCUGCUUUUCUCUCACUUUAAGUAUUUAUAGUUUCUGACUACUGCUGCAAAUUGUAGGAGAUGCUGAAAUUUUUUUUGGUGUUAUAAAAAGUGUUACUGG